AUGAUUGAAGCCAUUGAGCGGGGUGAUGUGGAACAAGUGGCCAGAUAUACUUCUGUGUUACCAGCUUGGCUACAAGUAGAAUGGUAUGCCCGAUUUCUUCACAAUAUCACGGAUGAUGACCAUCGUCGUCAUGCCCUCAAAUUAGCUGCGGAUGUUGGGUUAGAUACGAAUACUAUAACAGCUACUGUUGUAACAAACAUAAGGCUCUCAUCAAGUAAUAGAGACCCAGAGGGACAGGUGUUAGCAGAAACCACAGCAGAGGAUAGAGUUAAAAUAAAUGCAAUCGACUGGCUUUUAUAUGACAAGAGGCAACGAACUGAAGCACUCCGUCAAGCUAAUGCCCUAAUGAGAAGCUUCCUAGUUUCCCGCAAAAUUGGUGCAACUAGAGUUCUGUUUAACAAGAUACCAAGUGAUUCUGUGAACAUUGUUGUGCAAGAACAUGAGGAGGAAACUGGCUCUCCAGAUCUAUCAGGAGAAACAGAAAAUAUCGUGCGUGAAUACUUUUGCAUAAAAACAUUCUUGGAUGCUCAAGAAUCGUUCACAGAUUGGUUUGACCAUUACCAUCAAAAGAGGCCAGUUGCACCUGAAAAACCAUCUGUAGGGGUUAGUUUUCCACAAGAAGUAGCUUAUGAACAAGCUAGUAAGCAGCACCAGGGUGAACUUGAUCGCUGGAAGCAAACACUAAAACUUAUAACUAAGACGGCCUGUGAACGUUUGUACAACGUACUGCUUUUUCCUGAGGGUGGAUGGUUAGUAGACUCAGGAUUAGAUGACCAAGAACCUGACACCACUGGGGUGGGUGGUGAUGAAGAACUCAUGCCAGAAUCUCUGGAGCCUGACCGAAAGCAUCAACUGUCUGUCCUCAGAUCUAUUUAUAUACCUCAGGUUGCCUCUUUGUUGCAAAAUAUCCUUCACUCCACAGAAAGUUUUAAAGAAGCACUCCAGUUGGCUGAUAUUAUAGCCUCCGAAAAGCAUCAGUUGUACAAGGCAUUUGGGACUUGCGAGUUGCAGCGAUUUCUUGUGAAGCUUCAAGAAACCUCAUUAGAACUGCUUGAUAGAAAUUGUGAUGCUUUAGGUUACCCCCUUCAGUAACCGAAAGAAGUAUGUUUUAAAUUGUGAAGUAUUGCUAGAGAAGACUAAUGGAUGAAAAUGAAAUAUGUACUUGUCAUUUUGUGGAAACAAGUAUUGUGCUGUUUUUUUCAGUUUUAUGAAGACAUGUUUAAAUUGUAGAGAAACUAUUGUUGUCAGAUGUGAUUUUUGUAAUUUUAUUGGUAAGAACUAA